AUGAAUGGCGAGGAGCAGUACUACGCGGCCACGCAGCUGUACAAGGACCCUUGCGCGUUCCAGCGGGGCCCGGCGCCAGAGUUCAGCGCCAGCCCCCCUGCGUGCCUGUACAUGGGCCGCCAGCCCCCGCCGCUGCCGCCGCCGCCGCCUCCAUUCCCGGGCGCCCUGAGCGCGCUGGAGCAGGGCAGCCCUCCGGACAUCUCCCCGUACGAGGUGCCCCCGCUUGCCGACGACCCCGCGGUGGCGCACCUCCACCACCACCUCCCGGCUCAGCUCGCGCUCCCCCGCCCGCCGGCCGGGCCCUUCCCGGAUGGAGCUGAGCCGGGCGCCCUGGAGGAGCCCUGCCGCGUCCAGCUGCCUUUCCCGUGGAUGAAGUCUACCAAGGCUCACGCGUGGAAAGGCCAGUGGGCAGGUGGUGCCUACGCAGCGGAGCCAGAGGAGAACAAGCGGACGCGCACCGCUUACACUCGCGCGCAGCUGCUGGAGCUGGAGAAGGAAUUCCUGUUCAACAAAUACAUCUCCAGGCCGCGCCGGGUGGAGCUGGCCGUCAUGCUGAACUUGACAGAGAGACACAUCAAGAUCUGGUUCCAAAACCGCCGAAUGAAGUGGAAAAAGGAGGAGGACAAGAAGCGCAGCGGCGGGACCGUGGCCGCGGGCGGUAGGGACGCGGAGCCCGAGCAGGACUGCGCGGUGACCUCGGGCGAGGAGCUGCUGGCGCUGCCGCCCCCGCCGCCCCCCGGGGGUGCUGUGCCGCCCGCGGUCCCCGCCGCCGCCCGGGAGGGCCGCCUGCCGCCUGGCCUUAGCGCGUCGCCUCAGCCUUCCAGUGUGGCGCCUCUGCGACCGCAAGAAUCUCGGUGA